GUACCAUCAAGAUCAAGAAGAUCAAGCUGAAACCAAAACAACACACGUGCGCUUAAGAUCGGAGAGAGGUUCAUUAUAUCCCAUCUCUUCUGGACGAAGAUGAAGACUUCCAACAAGGCACCAGGAUUUAGAAAGAAUAAAUGGAAGGUCGGGAAGCAGAAAGGCAACAAGGUGAAGCACACAAACCGGCAAAAUAAGCUGCAUAUUAAGUUUGACGCCGAGGACAGGAGAGCUUACUUGACGGGAUUCCAGAAAAGGAAAAGAGAGAGGCGGGAAAAGGCAUUCAAGAAACUGCAGGAAGAUUUGAAAGCAGAGAAGAAGCAAAUAAAGAAAGAAAGAAAGGACAUUGUGAAGAAGAUGAUCAAGCAAAGUCAGGAGCUCAUGGAACGUGGAGGAAUAGGGAUGAUCGAUGAUGAGGAUGAGGAAGAGGAGACGGACAAGAACAAAGUAACACUGAACUGUGGCUCAGCAACAGUGGAGAUUUGUGACCUUGACCUAACCUCCAAGCAUCACAUAGGUGUGAAUGAGAUGGAGACAAGCACUAGCUACAUCAAGAGUAAUGAUAAACAAGUUUCAAGUUAUAGAAAAUCAGUGCCAGAAAAGGAAGAUGAACAGCAGGGGAAGGGAGAGGAGGAGGAGGAAGAUGUUAGCCCAGAGAACCUUGACCGCCUUGGUAUUCACAGCCACCGUGACUUAGUGUACUCCCUCAAAAAGAGCAGUGCCAUGGUCCUCAAGCGCAGCAAGCUGAUUAAACAGAAGCAGAUGCGAGAUGCCACAAAGCAGAAGAAAGCACAGGCUAGGGAGAACAAUCGCCGCAGGAAGCUGAAGUCAAAGAAGAUGAGACACAAGCGCACGUCAAAUAAGGAAUAGGGAUGUAUGUGUUUUGUGUAUGCUUAUGUGAUAAUGUUGAAGAAAUACACAUUUUUCUUACAA